AUGGCUUCCCUACGCGCUACGGCUCGACUAUCUAAGUCGCUGCGUCCUUCAUACCGUCUUCACACCACCAUCUCUCGCUGCUAUUCCUCUGGAAAAUCCGCUACUGCCGACCUCGAGUCUAUUCUCGGCGAGCCAAAUUGGUCUGUCAGAUCAUUGCUUCCCGACCCUGCCUCAGGGCCAUCCGCAUCCGAGGUAGUGACCCCGAAACAACUUCAUCACCUAUUGCGCAUCUCGGCACUUCCUCAACCUGCCAACGAAGAAGAAGAACAGACGAUGCUGAAGACCCUCGAGUCUCAGAUUCACUUUGUCAAGGAGAUUCAACUCGUUGAUACUACUGGUGUCGCCCCGCUCCCUAGUAUCCGAGACGAAAGCUCUGCUGCAGUUGAAGAGAACACCAUUGGCCUGGAACGACUUCAAGGCGCUCUACUCAAGGAAAAGGUCUCUGGAAGACGCCGAAGAAUCCAGCGUAUCCCAGGCGAAAAGAAUGUUCAUCCAGAUGGGACGGCUUGGGAUGGGAAUGCGCUCGGCUCUGCAACGAAGACCAAGGGAAAGUAUUUUGUUGUGGAAAUCGGCAAAUGA